AUGGGGGCGUCUACCAGCGCUCUCCUUUCGAACAUGCUCGUCACCAAUGUCCAGAAUGGCCAUCACCACCAACACAGCCGCGGCCACCACAUCAAUGCUGCUGCUCGCUGCCUUCUCCUGCAGCAAGCUCAGCAAGUCGCAGUCUCCCUAUCCUCCGACACGACGCUCCUCGACCUCUGCAACGCGCUGGCGCGCCUGCCAAACCUGCACACCGUCAUCGUCAUCCUCCCACUGGCAUACGGCCACGAGGACACGGACAGCGCCCUGGCGGACAGCGUGCUGCUGAACAUGCUGGCGCACCUCGCGCGCGCCGACCACGAGCGCAGCGAGGACUUUGCGUCGGUCGUCGCGGACAUGGUGGCCGCCGAGCCAGACAGCCGCGUGUCUGCGGCGGCGAAGCGCUACUUCGGGGAGCGCCCCCGGCCGCAGAUCAAGUAUGUGAAGCAGAUGGCGGGCCGUAGGGAGAGUGCGGAUACGAUUGUCACGCUUAAGGAGUGGAGAGAGCGCUGUGUCCAACAGCUCUACUGA